GUGCGCCCACUAUAUGCGCAGUACUUCUCGGCAGGGCGUCCGCCCACCCCUAUUAAAAUCCUGGCGGCCGAACGGCUCCGCAUCGUCGGUACCCCGAGCGGUAUGGACGAAUUGCCCGACGACGCACGCGGGUCGCUGUUGAUGCUGACGUCGGGUUUCUACCCCGGUCCCGAGGCACACCGCGGCACGACGCUCGGGGAACUGAGCCAGUUCACUGUCUAUGGACGCCCGCCGCCGUGCGCUUCUUUCCCCGACUCGGCCGCGGCGUCGGUGACGAUUGGCGAGCUCGGAGACUACUCGGACCCAGCGACGGGACUGGAGCACCACCUCGCGGUUGGUUGCACGUCGGAUGCCGAGAAGGAAGCCAUGCGCAAGGCCGUGCUAGUCGCCCUGGCCAAGAUAGGAAACCGGGAGCUCGAGGCGCUGAGUCAAGCUUUUAGGGAGGACACUCAAAGGUACAUUAAAGAACGUGGUGGCUAG